GUUCGUUUAACUCGCGCGAAGAAUUGAUACAACUCAAGGUGUUCACAUAUAUUCAUUGUCAUGACAGCUUCUCCUGAGCAGGUGGACAAUUCUUUUCAAAGUAUACCAGAAACUGAUGCUUCUUUCGAGGGCAAAAACUUGGCACUAUCCCAUCUUGAUGACGUCAUUGAUUCUGUUGUUUCUGAAGCCAUCGAAUACGCUGAUAAACCCCCUGAGGAGAGAACACUUCCUAAAUUAAUCCGGAAGGCUCCUCCUCCACCUCGUGUUCGUCCCUCUUUAAAUAUGACCGACUUCAAUCAGGCUCGCAAUUUCGCUACACCAAAUGGUUUAAAUCAAAUGCCAUUCCUAGCUGCUGGUGGUGGUAAUCAAUUCCAGCAAAAGCUAAAUGAACAAUUCCCGACAAUGGUACCGUUUAAUUCUGGUCAAGUGACAACGGCUGCUCAGCAGCAAUUAUUAAUGCAGUAUAAUGGACAAUAUCCAGCUCAACAACAGCAACAACAACGUCAGCAACAGCAGCAGCAACAACAACAACAGCAGUACUCACAAGCUGCACAUUUUCAAGCCUUACAGAAUCAACAAGCUCAAUAUCAAGCAGUUAAUGCGGCAGCCCUAGCGCAAAUGCAACAACUGCAACGUCAACAAAUGCAGCGUCAACAGCAACAACAACAGCAGCAGCAACAACAACAACAAAUGUCUACUCCAAAUCGUCACAUGUUGUAUUCAGCGUCUGGAUCACCUCCUAUCAGUCCAGCGGUGGUAAAUAAUUCUCCUGGUGCUCAACAACAACAACAGCAGCAACAACAAGCUCUAGCUUCAGCACAACAACAGUUACAUCAGUUGUAUGCAGCGGCUCAUCAGUUGCCUGGCAUGAUGCAAACUUUCCCUCCAAAUCAAGUUCAACAACCAAAUAUUCAACAAAGUAUACAAAGUCAACAACCUCAAGUACAACAACAACAACAGCAAGUAUGCAAUCAACGUGUAUGGACAAAUGCUGAACAACUACAAGCAGCUCAACAACAACAGUUAGCCGUCGCAGCGGCUGCUGCAGCAGCAGCAUUCAAUCCCAACUCAGUUCAACAACAAUACAUGCAACAACAACAACAGCAACAGCCUUCACCCCAACAACAAGCAGCUCAACGUAUGACAAACGAUUUUCAAGCCUAUGCUUAUCAACAGUAAACUUUGUAAACAUAUAUUUAUAUUAUAAUAAAGAGUUACACAAACCUCUUUUAUCAAUCCUCUCCUGUCUCUCUCUCUCUCGCUCGUUCUCUCCAUCUCUCACUACACACAUAUACCUAGUAUUCUUUAUUGCGUGUGUGUGUGCUGUUUUACUAUACAUAUUAUGUAUUUUUCAAUCUUUUAUAAAUUGAUUUCACUCACGCAUUUGCCUGUAUGUUGGUUUCAUCCACUACAAAAUUGCAAUUAUACAUACAUAUAUAUAUAAUAAUAUAAUAAGUGCGAAUCCUGCUCCCCUGAACACUUUCUGGCCUGUCAACAGCUGCCUUCUUCGGUAGGUAUGUUUUAUUUCGUGUGUCUCUUAUCUCCCUCCGUCUCCGCCUCUCUCUCUCUCCAUAAUCUAGUGAUGAUGAGAUCUUAUCUUCUUUUCUCUUGACAAACAAACAUAGAAACAAAAUCUUUGAUUUUGUGCCUUGUUGCAUUUUAUCUUCUGUCUUUUUGCCCCCCCUCUCUCUCUCUUUCUCCUUCUCCUUUGUUUGAAUCUCGUAUCACCACUACAUUGUUUGUUUUGCUUGCGAAGUCCUCCUGUCUCUCUCUCGUGUAUUAUAGCCCGUCGUCUGUCCUUCUUGUGACUCUAGCCUCCUCCUCCUCUUCCUACUAGCACAUCUGAUGAGUAUAUAUCAUAUAUAUACGUGUGUGUACACAAAAUACAUAUAUACUCGACUCCACAUUCAAAUCCAUCACAAUAUGCGCAUUUACAUAAUUUUUAUUUUGUGUUCUGCUGAUGAAGACUUUUUAAGAAAAUUUCCUCGGGAACAAACCACUUUUUUGUAAUGUUUGUGUGUGUGUGUUGCAUGGACAUGAGUCGACGCCCCUGUGUACUACGUUUCAUAACCCCCUAUUGGUCUGUCUAUUCUACGUUUUUAAUCUUUUCUAUCGACACUGUGUAAAUUUUAUGACAUUCCAUGUGUGUGUUUGUUUUUAUUGGUAG